UAUCUGUACAAAGUACAGUUUAUUGCAAGCAAGCAUAAAACCAAAUGUUAUUUACGCUUUGCUAGUUGACAUUAUUUAUUUUGUUAAAUCUACGAUUAGUUCACUGCUGCCUUUAUUAGUGUGCACACACAUUACAUCAUUGUAUCAAGUCGAAACAGUAAAUCAAGUAUUUCAAGUCUUCGAGUGUUGUUAUUAUCAAGAUCACCCAAGAUACAUCAAUUUAAUGUAUGGACCAGUCAAGGGCUCAUACAAUAAUGGUCCUUCGAGCUAUUUUUAGUAAUUUUCGUGUGAUUUUGUGUGGUUGCGAAUCGGCUCGCCGGCCUCCCAGAAGCGGGUCUCACCGGUAGAGUUGAGAAGGCGCAUAAGACCAUACAGAGUCUGCGGAAAUACUAAACAAGACCAAGCGACAAGUGAAGAAACAAGUCUACAAUCACAAGAAACAAGAAUUAUCAAGUUAUCAAGCCGGUACGUACCUAUCAAGAAUUUAAAGGCAAAAAAGCAGAACUCAAUUUCAAGAUCAACACUCAACAUCAGCAAGAUAUUUCAAGUCAUCAACUUCCUUUUUCAUCAUGGAAGUACUCGCAAGUCAAGAAAAACUUUCUGAAGUAAUCAAGAAUUGUUUACGUAACUUCAAGAAAGAAAGUGCAGAACGCAAGACGUCGGAAAAUAUCAAGAGACGGAUCGAAAAAUUAGAUUACAACUGGAACGAGUAUCAGGAAAAUCAUAGAAAACUAUGUCAAGUGCUACAAGACGAUCACGAAUAUUUCACUGAAGACGACUACAGUAUCAUACAAAAAUGUUAUCAAGAUACAAGACACUAUUUAAUUACUACAAUAAAAUCAUCAUCAUCACUGCCAGAACCGCAAGAUAAAGACAAGGAAGACACGAUGGAAGCUGGAAAACCUACUUUCUCGUGGGCCUCGGAAGUAAACGAAGAACAAGCAAAAUCUACUUCGAGAGGAAAUUAUAGCCAAUUAGACGACUUAAUGAAAAAACAAACUACCAACUUCAAGGCAUUUUCAAGAACGAUAUCUCAAAUUAACAUUGAGACAAUCCAAGAUAAGUGGGAAUUUGAAGAUACGUUGCGAUCUCUACACUCCCGAUGGCAAGCGAUAGACACCCUCCACUGGGAAAUUGACAGUAUCUUAAAUGGGUCAGACAUGGGAUACGAGAUGGAAUUUACCCAACAUGAGCAGAAAUACAACAAUAUCAAGCGAGCGAUUAAUAACAAGUUGUGGUCAGUUUCACACCGAGAGAAGUCGACCCCCCAGCUGGACAUUCCAGUCUUCACCGGGAACUACCAACAAUGGGCGUCGUUCAAGGAUCUGUUUUGCGAAACAAUACAUAAUAAUCCUGCCCUAUCAAACGCUCAAAAGAUGCAACAUCUCAAAAGCAAGUUAAGAGGUGAAGCUGAACGUUUGAUCCAACACCUACCAAUUGGGUCAGAAAACUACCUCGCAAGUUGGGACAUCCUGAAUCAUCGCUACAACAACAAAAAACUAAUAUUCACUUCCCAUAUGAAUAUUUUGAUGAGUAUACCAGCGAUACAGCAAGUGACCUCAAAUCAAGUAAAACGUAUCCAUGACGUCACAACAGAAUGUAUAAACGCCAUCAAGAACUUAGGUGUUGACAUCGACAGCUGGGACCCGAUCCUCAUACACAUCAUAUCCCAAAAAUUAGAUGCAGAAACGCAUAGUGAAUACAUGAACUCUCUUAAAGACCCAAGAGAGUUACCUAAGAUGAUCGAUUUUAUGGCAUUUUUGGAGAACAAAUUUACAACUAUGGAGUCAUCACGUCGCAAGCAAGAAGCGAAUCUAAGACCCAACUUCCAAGCAACACCUUCAAAAAAGCAAGAAUACAAUCAUCAAACAAGAAAAUAUCUUCAAAAUACAAGCAACAAAGCUACAUUUCAUCAAGUACAAUCAAAUCGCUACAAACUAUGUUGCGCAAUUUGCAACAGCAAUGAACAUGGAAUUUAUUUCUGCAAACAAUUUUUAGAGAUGACCCCAAUGCAAAAACGACAAGCGAUUACGAAACUGAAUUACUGCGCAAAUUGCCUAUGCAGUCACUAUGGAAAAAACUGCACUUCAAGCUCACGUUGUCGUGAAUGUGACGGAAAUCACAACACACUUUUACACGAAGCAUUUCGCAAGUUCAAUAACCCGAUAACCAGGACCGGGAUUCAAGGAUCAAGCUCACAACCGACAAACACUUACACCGCUCAACAAGGAGAAUCAUCUGAAGUACUAUUAGCAACCGCCAUAAUACAAGUAGCAGGAGUAGAUGGUGUAUCCCGGAAAAUGAGAGCCCUCAUCGAUCCAGGAUCACAGAUAUCCAUCAUCACAGAGAACGCUGCACAACAACUAAGAUUGCCGCGACAAAAAUGUUCAGGAGUAAUAACUGGAGUUGGUACCAAGGACACAAACUGCAAAGGGAAAAUCACGAUCCAUUGCUCGUCCUUGAUUGAAAACUUCGCAUUCACCACGGAAGCACUCAUCAUGAACAAGUUAACUAAUAAUUUGCCAAACUACACAUUCAAGAAACCAGACUGGAAAUACCUAAACAAGUUAUCACUCGCCGAUCCCGAGUUUUUCAUCAGUCGUCCUAUUGACAUACUACUAGGCGCUGAUAUUUACGCAAGCAUCCUGAUGGAAGAGAUAAGAAAACCUAAUAACACACAACCCGUAGCACAAAGAACCCAACUUGGUUGGAUUUUAUACGGAAAAACAACGACAACACUGCAGUGCAACGUUGUCCUUAACAAUAUAGAGGACAUUCAACGAUUUUGGGAGAUUGAAGAAAUAUCAAGUGAACCCUCUCAAUCAAAUGAUGAUCAAGAAUGUAUAGAUUUUUAUAAAACAACCACAACAAGAAGGAAUGAUGGAAAGUAUCAAGUGCGACUCCCGCUCAAGAAGGACAUCCAUGAAUUAGGUCAAUCAAGAAACAAAGCAAUCGCACAGUUCCUCCAAUUAGAAAGGAAAUUCAAGGCGAAUCCAAAAGUAGAAACCGAGUACAAGAUGUUUAUGCAUGAAUACCAAGAUUUAGGUCACAUGCAAAAGGCCAACUGUAAGACGACACCUGAAUAUUUUUUACCACAUCAUUGUGUGCUUCGAGAAUCGACCACGACGUCACUACGUGUGGUAUUCAACGCCUCCCAAAAUACCAGUAAUGGGAAGAGCCUUAACGACUACAUGCAUAAAGGACCAAACCUACAACAGGACCUUUUUGCAUUGAUUUUGAAAUGGCGCCAAUAUUACAUCGCUUUCACGGCAGACAUAGAAAAAAUGUUUCGCCAAAUCUGGAUACACCCCGACGAUCUAAAAUUCCAGAAAAUAAUAUGGCGUGACUUCCCUAAUCAAGCCAUAGAGGAAUACGAGUUGACGUCAGUCACAUAUGGAACCAAGGCCGCUCCAUUCCUCGCCAUGAUGACCCUGAGACAAUUAGCAGAAGACGAAAGACAAAAUUAUCCUGAAGCGGCAGAAAUUGUAAAAACAAGUUUUUAUAUGGAUGAUUUACUUCAAGGAUCUCAUUCACUGGAAAACGCCAUAAAAAUAAAACAAGAAUUGAUCGAAUUAUUGAAAAAAGGAGGCUUCAAUCUGCGAAAAUGGACCUCAAACCAUCAAGAUUUACUGCAAGACAAGCAAAAUGAUACCAAACAAGAUGAAUACGAUUUCAAGCAUUUGACUUCAACGAAAACACUCGGACUCCGUUGGGAUCCAGAACAAGACAUGUUUAUAUUUCAAUCAAUGAUAGACAACCCUACAGAUAACAUCAACAAUACCAAGAGAAAACUGUUAUCUGAUUUAUCUAAACUUUUCGACCCUCUCGGAUGGCUUACACCCAUCUCUACAAAAUUGAAACUGCUAUUUCAACAAGUAUGGGAACAAGAUAUCCCCUGGGACGCCAAGAUACCAGACAACAUUAAUAUAGAAUGGAUAAAAUUGAAACAAGACCUAAUAAACAUCAAUAAAAUACAAAUACCAAGAUGGUUAGGUACAAAGCCUGACACAGAUAUUGAAUUGCACGGAUUUUGCGACGCAUCGCAAAAUGCCUACGCUUGCGUCAUUUAUUGCAAGUUAUCAAGUGACACAGAAACAAAAAUCAUUCUAGUUGUCGCGAAAUCAAAAAUAGUACCACGAAACAAAGACAUCUCACUGCCCAGGAAAGAACUAAUUGGGGCACAUCUGCUAUCCCAAUUAAUGCAGAAAGUUGAACAAUGCUUAACCAACUAUAAAGUCAGUCUAUACGCAUGGACUGACUCUACAGCAGUGCUCGGAUGGAUACAAGGAAAUCCAGACCGCUGGAAAACGUUCGUUUCCAACAGAGUAAGGAAAAUCACAACGGUCUUACCAGCCGAGCAUUGGCGGUAUGUAAAGUCAGCCGACAACCCCGCUGACUGCGCCAGCCGAGGCAUAACACCAUCGCAACUACUACAACAUAGCCUAUGGUGGCAAGGACCGGCUUGGCUAUCGUCAUUCAAGGACGAAAAGACUGAACAAGAAACCUAUUUUACAAACGAAGAAUCAAGAAACAACACACAAGUCAACUUAACUACUCAGAGCACAGAACAAGAAAGCAUUAUAAAAGACUUAUUACAAAAGUACAGCUCACUAUCAAGAGUGAUACGAAUUUUGGGCUGGGUACGUCGUUUUAUAUCAGGAGGAAAAAGGAAGAGAGAGUCGUACCUGACGUUGGAAGAAUUAAAAAAUGCAAAAAUUGCCAUCAUCAAGCAAACACAAGCUGAGACAUAUCAAGAUGAAAUCUCUGACUUACAAAACAACAAACAGAUUUCACCUAAGAGCAAGAUUCUUCCUCUGAAUCCCUAUUUGGAUCAAGAUGGAUUGUUGAGAGUUGGAGGAAGAUUGCAAAAUGCUCACAUAAGUCAAGAAAUGAUGCAUCCAAUAAUCUUGCCCUACAACAGUCGACUGACUGACCUUGUUAUCGAUGACGCACACAAGGCAACCUACCACGGCGGAGCUCGUGUUACUUUGGCUUUUAUUAGACAAAAAUAUUGGUUGAUAUGCGGAAAUAGAGCAACAAAAAAGCACAUAAGAAAGUGUGUGACCUGCAAGAAGCAAAAACCUAUAAAACAAGAACAACUGAUGGGACAGCUACCAGGUGCUAGAGUCAAUCAAUCCCGUCCGUUCCUUCAUACUGGAGUUGAUUUCACGGGGCACGUGUUUGUGAAAGCCAACAAGGGUCGCGGAAUAAAGACACUUAAAGCCUACAUCGCAGUAUUCGUGUGCAUGGUAACCAAGGCUGUGCAUCUCGAAUUAGUGUCUGACCUGACAACAUCAUCUUUCAUAGCUGCGCUGCGAAGAAUGGCAGCACGAAGGGGAAAACCUCGUCACAUGUACAGUGACAAUGGCCGGAACUUCGUGGGUGCGAGCAAAGUAUUACAACAAGAAUAUCAAGAUAUACAGCAAGUUUUCACAGACGAGUUUAUGAAAGAAAUAACAGACCUAGAGAUCACGUGGCACUUCAACGCUCCAGCGUGGCCAUCAGCUGGUGGGAUUUUUGAAGCUGCAGUUAAGAGUUUCAAGUUUCACCUUAAAAGAGUGAUUGGACAACAAGCGCUUACAUUUGAAGAAUUCUCAACUCUAUUAGCACAAAUAGAGGGGUGUCUUAACUCAAGGCCUCUGUGCGCCCUAUCAGAAGAUCCUGAGGACCUAGAUUUUCUAACUCCGUCUCAUUUUCUCACUGGUGGUCCAUUACUGACCAUAGUGGAGACUGAAAGAGACACAAGAACACGUUGGCAAAUGACCCAAAAGAUUCUUCAAGAUGUAUGGUCCCGCUGGAAGGCAGAGUAUCUGACACAAUUAACAACAAGAACCAAAUGGAGGAAACUUCAACAGAAUAUCAGCAUCAACGACGUUGUAAUAGUCAACGACGAAAAUCUUCCCCCAGGCAAGUGGAUAAUGGGAAGAGUGGUAGAUACCCACCCUGGUCAAGACGGCCACGUGAGAGUUGUAACAUUGAAAACAAAAAGCGGCUACAUCAAACGCCCUAUCACUAAAUUAUCAAUAUUAACUGAACAUCAAGAAAUCAACAAGAGUGACGUAAUUAAUCAAGCUACAAGUCAAUCAAACAAUACUGACAUCAACAACGCAAGUACAAGACGACAGAGAAGCAAGAAAUUCUCGUUUACCACCCUACUUACCACAUUUUUGAUGUUCAUGACCUUCAUAUCAAGUUCACAUGGCUUGGUGAACAUAACCAAGUUCAAGGAUACUCAAGGACUAUACUUCGACAAGUUAUCCAACAUGCAGUUGAUUAAAGACGAAUGGAAACUCGUGACAUACUUUGAUAUGGAACCAUAUUGGCAAGGAACACAAGCCUUAGAAAAGUACUUACAAACAUUAGAAAAAUCAUGCGGAGUGAUAACAAGGGAACAAGUUCAAUGUAGUGCAAUAACCCUACAACUGCGUCAUCAGUUUACGGAACUCGAGUACUAUAAUCACCUGUUAGUAAAUCAGCAAAUUCGAGCUCGUGCUAAGCACGCGAGGCGCACGCGACGCGGCUUUAUCAAUGCAAUUGGAAACCUAGCCGGCGACCUGUUUGGCGUAUUAGAUGACCGCUUCGCAAAACAAUAUGAACAAGAUAUCAAGUUACUGCGUGAGAACCAGAAACAUUUAUUGAAUUUAUGGAAAAAUCAGACUUCCAUAGUAGAAGCAGAAAACAAUCUUUUAAAGAGGACUGAAGAUUUGAUGAAUCAGCAACACAAGACUGCAAAUCAACAUAUUAUAACAUUAGAAAAAGCCAUGGAUGAUCUGAAAAAUGCCGCGGAAGUAAAUCUGAACCUUAACGACUUUGCAUUAGAGUCCAUAAUAGCGAGUAACAUGCUAAGCAACUUGAGAGUCCUACAAGACACGCUCUUGCAAACUGUCACUGAAAUUCAUCAAGGAUACUUCAACAUUCACAUACUUACACCUGAUCAACUUAGAAAAGAACUAAGCACUGUAUCAAGCCAAGCACCACAAGACGUGUCGCUACCUGUGAACAAUCUUCAGUCAGACCUCGCCAAGAUGUAUGAAUUCAUGAGUGUACGAACAAGAGUCCUCGAUGAAUACUUUAUCUUCGAAAUAAGGAUACCACUCAUAAGCAGAGACACCUUCGAGAUCCUACGCAUCAUUCCAUUGCCUAAAUAUCAAGAUGAGAAGAUGAUCAGCCUAGUUCCAGUAGCAGAUUAUGUAGCAGUCAACAUCAAGAAAGAUUUAUUCAUAACUAUAUCUGACAGCGACUUAUCAAAAUGUUUUCAUCAAGAUGAUGCAUAUUUUUGUCGUAACCAAGGCCCAGAAUAUCUGAUGAAAGCCGACAAAAAUCUAUGUCAACAAGAGAACUCAGAAUGCAUGAUAGAAACAAGGUCAUGCCAAGACGUCUGGAAAGAGUCAUAUUCUAUAAACACUUACGUUUAUUUUUGUUGUUUACAAUGUCAAGUACGAAUCAUGUGCGACGAUCAAAUUGCAACACAUCAGCUGAGCGGCAGUGGCCUUAUCACCAUAGGUCAUGGCUGCAUUAUCAAGACGGAAAAGUUCACCAUUUAUCCACAUAGAUCUCAUACAAGCGAGAUAAGAUUAUCACCAGACGUAUACUCUCCGACAUUGGCGCCUAUCAACAACAUCAUCAACUUAUCAAUACCUCACGACAUGAAAGAAAUUGAACCAAGUGCUCGUUCAUCCAUCCAACAAGAAGCAAUUAAAAUCGAUGACAAGAUCAAAGCAAUCAAAACAAAAGAGGAUGAACUAACAAUUUCUUCAGAAGCAGUCUCGUUCCAUGACAUCCACCACUACGUCAUGAUAUACAUCGUAAUAGCUGGCGUAGCGAUAGUAGGAGUCGUAUGGAUCGUACGUCGCUCGCCAUGCAGACGAAGAGUGAAUGUAACAAGCCCAGAGCCAGCCGCCACGACCGCAGCCAUAGAGCUGUCUCCCGUCAGCGAGUCACGUCCCCGGCCUGCUCCCGCCUACCGAAGCACUCCGAACGUAGAAGAACCUCUGCACGUCGACAAGAACACGUCUCCCCCACCAAGAAGGGCUUACACCCAGCGGCUACAUAAUACAGUGUCGUGAAGUGUUAAAUGAAAUUUAUCAAUUUAUAAGAUUAGACUUAAGCAUGACAUGUAAAAUAUUUAAGUUUUAAUUUUAUCUUCUUUAAUUUUUCUAUUUUUUAUCAAUAAAAUUCCCCAGCAUCUCCCGCCCGGGAAUAUGUACAAAGUACAGUUUAUUGCAAGCAAGCAUAAAACCAAAUGUUAUUUACGCUUUGCUAGUUGACAUUAUUUAUUUUGUUAAAUCUACGAUUAGUUCACUGCUGCCUUUAUUAGUGUGCACACACAUUACAUCAUUGUAUCAAGUCGAAACAGUAAAUCAAGUAUUUCAAGUCUUCGAGUGUUGUUAUUAUCAAGAUCAC